GAAGUUGUGAUUUGGAUUGACAACGUGUAAACGAACGAAUGUCAAUUACUCAUUUACGAUAAGCCUAAGUCUGUCAUAAUCUGGGAAUAACUUUUCAGCAUAAUCCAUUGUUUUGAAGGCGUGCCACACUAUUUGUGAUAUAACCAACAUGAUAUGAAGAUAUGACUAUCCAGAGAUGAUUUGUUAAUGCAUGGCUGGACAGAAAAAUAAUGGCAGAUAACAACAGAUUUUCUCCCCCUGCAUCUCCAACAUCUUCUGUGGGAUCAUCAUUCAGCCGAGAUAAUGAUGCGAACAGGCUGUCAAGACAGGACUCAAAAAAUGACAGCAGACUCACAGCUACAGCAAAGAGACAGAAAUACCUUAAACGUUUGUUUAAGUUUCGUCAGAUGGACUUUGAAUAUGCGUUUUGGCAGAUGAUAUAUUUGUUUGUAGCGCCACAAAAAGUGUACAGAAAUUUUCAAUACAGAAAACACACGAAAGACCAGUGGGCGAGAGAUGACCCAGCAUUUCUGGUACUGUUGAGCUUUUGGUUGAUUGCAUCAUCCAUAGGAUUUGCACUGGUAUUGGGGCUUACAUUUGUGGGGUUCCUCAAGUUUAUACUGUGGGUUGUGUUAGUGGACUGCGUGGGAGUAGGCCUGCUUAUAGCAACUUUAUUCUGGUUUAUCACCAAUAAGUAUAUGAUCCUUGCUCCUCCCCGGGGACAAGACGUAGAGUGGGGAUACGCAUUUGACGUCCAUCUUAAUGCCUUCUUCCCUCUCCUUAUGAUACUGCACCUGUUUCAGCUGAUUUUCCUUCUCCCUUUAAUUAACCAGGACCACUUCAUAGGGUUACUCAUUGGGAACACGUUCUGGCUGGUGGCCAUAUUUUACUACAUCUACAUCACAUUUUUAGGUUACAGUGCGCUCCCGUUUUUAAGAAAUACACGGACAUUGUUAUUCCCCCUUACAGGAGUAAUAUUAUUGUACAUUCUCUCUCUCGUGAUUGGCUGGAACUUCAGUCGAGGGCUUUGUAACUUCUACCACUACCGGGUCACAUAGGCCUCACAGCGCCACCUGUUGGGAGUAUUGUGAAUACAGUGUCUCGGUGUCAUACAUCGGAUGGGAUUACGUUGAGACAUUAUAUAGCAAGGAGAUAAAAAUGCUUUUUAUCAAAUCAAGAUUAGUUAUUUCAUCAACAUUAUAUAGCAUUUAAGAGUCUAUUUAUUUUUGAGUGCAGUGUGACAAGAAUGGAUGCUUUCAGUAUUUAUAUGCUAUUGUGUGUUUCUGGUGACCAAGUUCAGUAUCUAAAUUAAUUCUGCAAAAUGCAGCCUAAUGGAGUCUUAGAUAAUCCCAAGACUAAAAAGAUACAAUAGAUAGAUGUAUUCAUAAGCACAUACCGGGUAUGUAGUUACAGGUGUGGAAUCUUUUAUGUGUCGCAAAGUUUUCACAGAUUCAGAUUUAAAUAAUUAUGUUCUUCAUUUGACAUUUGUUUAUAUAUCAUCAACAUGUCGUUAGAUAACCACACAACAUACCCCGGAAUGACCACUUUCUGUCACUGACCAGCUGGAUAACAGUAUUAUUAAUUGGUUGGAGCUAGUUAAUAAUAAUAACAAUAACUUAAGGUUCUUAUAUACCGCUUUAUCACAACCUAGUUUGUAGGUCGUCUGAAAGUGGUUCACAUAUUAUUGUCUGUGGCUAAGCAUUAUCGUCUUAAGACAAGUUAGAAACAGAUAGUGUGGUCAUUCUGUGACAAAACGUUGAGGUUGUUACAGAAGCUGUAUUCUUUUCGUAUGUGAGUUGAUAUUGAUGACCUUACUGUGUCAUUUCUCUGUUACAUGUAAAUAUCAUCAAACUAUAUGGGAUAUGUUUGCAUUCACAUGUUUCCCAGCUGAACUGUAAAUGCAAGUACAAGAAAUAUAUAUUUGUGUUUGGGUCUAACUAAGUGUCACACAAAGUAGCAGACCACAACAGCUUACAUUGUUUAAAUAUGUGUAUAUAAUGAAUGAUUUGAUAACAUAAAACUUCAAAGAGAAAAUAGAUCCAUACAUAUUUGUUUCACGUUAUAUAUAGUACUAUGUAUGUUUGAAUAUGAAAAGCAGUUUUGUUUUAUAGACAAUAUCAUUAUAGGUAGUUAUCAUUUAUUGUGCUUUUAUGUUUAUUAAUUUUUGUUUUUUUGUUGUUUUGUUUUUGUCAUUAAUUUAUUUACCAAAUACAUAAGAUGUUUUCUUUCUUUCUUCUAAAGAUAGGAUUCUAGGCAUCCAAUCCAAAAUUACAACAAAAUUGAAAACAAGUCACAAUCAUCACAUAAUCUUAUAAAAUAAAAUACUUUAUUAAUGUUGAUUUACAUACAAUGUAUAUAUGUUUAUAUAUGAUAUGUGAAGUAUUCAUCAUUGGGUUUAAACUAUGUUAAAGGCAAACAAUUUCAUGCUACAAAAAUCUGUAAGUGAUAAAUACACAAUGUAUCAUAUAACAGGUAAAGGAAUACUUGCUUGUUGAAUUGAAAACAGUCAAAAGUUUUGUCCCAUGGAGGAAUGAUUUGCAGGCCCUUUCAAAAUAUAAACGUGAAUAGAACUGUUAGUGAAGUAAUAGGUUUCCUUAUAUAAAGAAGAGUAAAGUUAUACUUCUCAUGUCCAUUUUAAAGUUACUCAUAUGAUGUACUAUUUUUUAGAAGUGAUGUAAAGGCUGCAUUCUGACGCCACAUUUACAACACUUGUACUCGCUGUAUGUACAAUUGUUAAUUUUUCGUGGGCAAGAGUAGCCUUACUUAUAGAAUCAUUGGUAGCAAUUACAGUCUAGAAAAGCUAGAAUGUGUUUUACUGUAAACUUGAGUGUGACAUGAUUCAUUUAUCGCUGAACAGUAAAUUUAGUUUGUGAAGGCGGAAUAUGUUUCGAACAUUUUUUUGUGUGUGUGAUAUUUUAUAGCUGUAAUAGAGGUCAUUUAUUUUUCAAUGCCUCCGGUAGGAGUCGAACCCGGGACCUCUGGCUUACUAGUCUUACGCUCUACCGAAUGAGCUAAAGAGAAUUUCUCUUUUGCUCACUCGGAAGAGCGUAAGAGAAGUAAGCCAGAGGUUGCGGGCUUGACUUCUAGCAGAGGCAUUGAAAAAAUGAUGACCUCCGUUACAUAGUAUAAACGUAGAAGGUAGUAUGACUUCUUCCGCUAGUCAGUAAGACAGGCGGUAACAUGAUACUCCAAAUGAGAAUUGGACUGUAUCGAUAAAAACAAAUCGUCAUAAUGGACUGAAAAAAUGCAUUGUCCGCGACAAUUAUGUUCUGAUCAUACUGGUGAAUAAAUGUGAUCAAGAGCGAAUGAUAAAUGUGUCUUUGAAAUUAUACACGGUAUGCAAGAACCAAGAUGGAUGUAUUUUAUACUACCCUUAUGUAAUUAUUGUAUAUGACUACAAAGUGUAAGGGUUUCUGAAUGUUUUAAGUGUUAGUAUAUAUACAUGUCAUACUUUCUCUUUAAACAGUUUGUAAAUAUGUAAAUGAUCAGCAAUGUAAUGUAAAGAGGGUCAAAACUUUUAUCACUCAAAAUAAAACUGAAGUAAAAAUGU